AUAGCUGUAGAUAAAUUGUACGAAUUCGUAUCAGACACGAUAUAUGAUAGUCGUGUGGCAGCAGACACGAUCGCAGAGAUGGUGUUUUGUGCAGUUCGGACGUAUCCAGCCGAAUCGUUGGAACGUUUUCUGAAUCUGAUCAUGCGCAAGCUCUCUGCAGCAAUUACAGAGGAGACGUAUAAUGAAGAGGAGGUCGACUCGACAAUAAUCUGGUACUUGGUAUUAGCCACACAGUUGGUUCGUGUUUCGGGGUUGUAUGUGGUUCGAUAUAAGGAUCGUGUAUUGCAACUUCUGCGAUUGAUUGUUCCUUUGAGAUGUCGGAAUGCUUACGAGCUGUCGUGUAGUGCGUUGGAGAACGUUUUGAUCGUAUUGACGAGUGUUUAUUCGGAUAACAAUGAACUGAAUCGUGAGGUAUUGGAUCAGCCACUGGAGAAGUAUCUACCGGUUCGGAAUUGGGCGAAGACGGCGAAUCGAAAUUCGUUAAGUAUGCGUUGGCAUAUUCCGAAUGAAGAUGAGAUGCGUUUAGCCGGGGCGAUUCUCGAUGAGUUCUUCUAUCCGGAACUGGAGAAACUCAACAAUCCAGACUCACUUUCGAAGACGGAGAUGUUACAAAGUCUAGCGGUCGUCAGCAGUUGUCUGUCGGGAAUCUCGGCAUCUUUGCCUGCCCUAUCGGGUCCACUAUUGAAAUUCAUUGACACACCAGUGAAGUUCUAUCCAUUCGAAUUCCUUGCGGCACCAUCUUCGUUGAAACCACCAACUCGAAACGGUGAGAACAUUCGUGAUUUUGUGUUGAGUCGAAUGACGGCCGUUGCGGAUUAUCUGUUGAGAAAUCGUGAAGAGGACACGAAAUCGUUGAGUGCCGUUUGCAAAAUACUCUACAUUAUACUGUUCCAACGAGGCAUCGAUAAGGCGAAAUACGAAGCUCAAAACCAGAACUAUAGCGUAUCGAAACGCAUUGUCGGUGACUCUGUGCGAGGCAAUCGUGCGAAUAUUGAGCUGGUCACCUUCGAGUAUAUUCUACUGCAACACAAUAAACGUUUGUUGGCUCGUUCCGGUUAUUUGGUCACAGAGCGACAUUUGCAAACGAUGAAACUUCUCGUGCGAAUUUCCACAAGUGCCUAUAGUGCUGUACGAAUCGAAGCUCAGCGCGUUCUGGACUGUUGUAUACAGAAUUUUCCGUACGCUUAUUUGCACAUUAUUGAUGAUGUUUUGCCUCUGCUCAAAGAAUCUCCUGAUAUCACGCAUAAACAAUUCAAGGUUUGUUUGAUGGAUCAGUGCUGA